GACAGAAAAAGAGUGGUUCCUGGUGUUGACAUAUAACUGCUCGGCAUGGAGAUGUUAAUACGUACAUGUGCAGAUCAGAUGUUUCGCUCCGAUUCCAAUGCCUCUAGUGGCCUGUGUCAAUUUGCCAGUGGACCAAGCGGAUGAUUCAGGAAGUCCUCUCAACUGGACAUGGAACAUUCCUCCGCUCCAAUACAGUCCUCUCGUUCAGUCUAUGCAAUACUGUACUCCGACUUCACAGUUGGUUUACUCCACGGAAGCUGUGAGGAAAGACGGAUUUCGACGGCGGGCCUUCAAGUAGUAUUGGAGGAGGUCGAGUGAAGUGGUACGUCAGUGUGCCGGACACAGACUCAAGUGGACAUCGAACACAGAUGCAAGACCAACGAACAGCAUGAGAAGGUUUACUAGCACCGGUUUUGGCUGCACCUCCGUUUUAAUGUUGGGAGUCUGGGCGUUAAGCCGAUGAGGUCCGAGAAAUUACGAUUGCAUUUGCACUGGUCAUACAUUUACGACAAGCACUGCCUUCUACACGUUAAGAAAUGUGAUACGUUGAACAGAGCAACAUGGAUCAUGGGAAGCAUUGGAAGAACCUAGACUGCACAUAGCCUAGCUUCAGGCAAAGAGUCCAAAUUCACUUAUUAACCUAAUGAAUGAGACUCCAAGUUGGAAGCUUGACAUCAGAAGAGCAGUGCGGUUGAUUCAGACCUAAUCUCCUACUGGCGGUGUUAGUGUACAUUUAUUGUGUUCACAGGCGUCACCUCGAGGGUUGGUUUUUGGAGGUUCGAACAGAAUACUUCUUGGCGCCCAGCUUGAAUCGCAGCAGUUUCUUUGAUUUCACUUCGAAAGAGCAGGUGGAGAUUCACGCGAAGAGCAUCUGCAGUGAUUGUUUAGGACGCUGGUGUUGAUGGAUAUCAUCUGAUUCGUCCUGUCAGUUUUGCUCAUAUGAAGUUGAAGAAUGCAGUGACAAAUGUCCGAUAGACGACAAACCCCAGGUAUGGACGUGUGGAUGACUAAGAGGAGCAACGAGUAGUGUAUCUUCUCUCGAGGUAAUCAUUACAGUUUUUACACCAAGGAGGGCAAAUCUUAAUGUGUGCAGAUGGACUUUUUAAAUGGCUCUUAGCGUGAGAGGUUUGGGAUGACAGUUCUUCACAUAGUUUCGUGAGUGAAGACGCAGCCUGCUCUGACUGCUUGCAGCGUAAGACUACAAGCGACCCUCAGUUUACAGCUGAGCGAGAUGACGUACCCUAAGCCGUGAAUUCUCUGGUACAUGCGGAGUUUUCAGAAGUCCCGAAUGUCGCCUGCGGCAAAUGGGUUCCUUCGUUGUUGAUUCAAAUUAAUCAGUUAAACAUAAAAGGAAGAAGUUCACAUGCCGUGAUUUCUCACAUCUCCGAAACAUCGAAACGCUGUACUAAGUUCCGCACCUGAAAGCGUCAAAAGUCCUGGAGUUCCUUGCUUGGGAAAUUUGCACUUACUGCCACCAGAGACAAAUGUCUUUGCCAGAGAUAGACCUGGUUCCGUGAAUUAUCCCACAUACAAUCUGCAGAGAAAUUUCUCGUAGAUCGGCAACUCGCUCUACCAAGUCCAACCUCGUCUCCUACCCUGGCUAGAAAACGCCACACCGAAUGUUUACUUGCAACAUUUAAUUACCAUUGAAUCCGGUCAAGGGGAAAAGAAAAUUUUAAUUUGUAUUAGGAUCUUCAUGUAUUACGA